AUGUUUGGAUCACGUCGCGAAUUCUGUCCACAUUUGGUGUGGUUCAUCCUAAAAGCAGAUCUUUAUGGAUCUUGGAUAUUUGGACUGUUCCCCUUUACCUUUGAUUCCCGAAGAAAACAACUGAGAUGCUCACGAUGGCUUCGACUGUAUGGUUUGAUAGCGAAUUAUUCCUUUAUGUGCCUUAUAUUUUACAUGGGUAGGGAAAAUAUGAAGUUGCACAAACUGGACGCCUUUGAACGGAAUCCGCUGCUGGAGAGGAUAAACAUGAUAAUUGGACUAUUGAGUGUAUUUUCGGCUACUGUGAUGCACUUUAUGAACUUUUGGGGAAGCAAAAGAGUUGAAGAGAUUGCAAAUGAGUUAAUAGCCUUGGAGUAUCACUCUGACGGUCUGAAUCUAAAGAACUGCCCCAAAUUCAACUGCUUUGUGAUUCAAAAGUCGAUGACUAUGAUGGGACAGUUUUUAUCAUUCUUGACGGUAAACUAUGGAAUGCCUGGAAAUAAUUAUGCCAUGUACUUGGUGAUUCUGAGCGGCCUAAUGCAAAUAUCCCUCAAUCUAAAUAUCAUGCAUUGUUUUUUUGGGAUCCUGUUGAUCUAUCGAUAUGCCUGGAUGAUGAACGAACAACUUUUGGGUCUCGUAAGACAAUUGAAAUUGGAUCCAACAUCAGACUCAUCAAGGACUAGAAACUUUCUUUCCCUAUACACCCGCCUUUUGGAGCUUAAUAAGAAACUAGUGGCGGCCUAUGAAUAUCAAAUCACACUUAUUUUAACAGGUGGUUUAGCUGGCAAUAUUGUGAUCAUCUAUUUUUUGAUUGUGUUUGGAGUCAGCAUGAAAAAAAAGUCGAUAUUCCUGAUAGUCUUUCCGCAGACCUUGUUCAUAAAUAUUUGGGACUUUUGGUUGACCAUUGCCGUAUGUGAUCUUACUGAAAGAGCCGGUAAGAAAACCGCAACUAUACUGAAACUAUUUACCGAUCUUGAGCUUAAAGAUGCGGAACUAGAGAAAAGUUUGAAGGAAUUCGCAUGGCUGUGCAGUCACCGAAAAUUUAGGUUUCAAUUGUGUGGACUCUUUUCAGUAAAUUAUAAGAUGGGUUUCCAAAUGAUCAUUACUAGCUAUCUAUAUUUGCUCUAUUUAGUUCAGUUUGAUUAUAUGAAUUUGUAG